UAUGCUGUAUUCGAAUUUGGAUUUUUGGGUGGCUCAUGGGAUUUGGGUCCUCCAACUUUCUGUUUGGUUUAUCGUAAAAUUAUCUUUUUUUUAUUUUUAAUUUUUUUGUUGUUGAUUAUUGUUGAAAGAACUGAGCUUUUGUAGGAAUUCCUGAAAUAACGGAGAAUUUUAGAAAAAGAAGUCGAAUGAAUUUAUUUGUUUUUGUGGAGAAUAAUUCAAAGGAUUAGCCUUCAUUCCUAGAAAAACGAAGAGACCAAGCCUCUUUUAUUGGUAUUGAAAUUAUGGAUGUGCGGCCAUCUGUAUUUUAUUCUACGGUUUCUCAUCAUCAAAACUGAAACUGAUUUUGAUAUAAAGUUUUGCAUGUCAUUCGUUAUUCAUGGAUGAGUACUCUGGUAAGAAGGCUGGUGAUGGGCUUGCUGUCUCUAGAAAGGGUUCAAGCAUUAUUUUGAGAGAUACAGCUAACAAUAGAGAUCGGAAUGCCCAAUUUUGCAACCGAAUUGGGUGUAGUGGCAGACUGAACUCUGCAAAAGGUACUCAAAUUAGCUGUUCAGAAAAAGCCAAAUCCUCAAGGCCAUCAUUCCGGUCAUCCACAAAUGGGAAAGAAAUAAUUGGAAGUUCCUCUAGGACAUACUCUCCAACCAACAAUUCUAGGAAAUCCUUGCCAGGACCUCGGAAAAAGCUGUCUUCUCAGCCAGAAAGAGAUUCAUCUGAAACUGGUGGUUCUCCAGAUGAUAAUGAAGUGCCAGAACUUGUAUCACCUCCUGGAAAAAUUCAGAAAGGUCUUCACUCUGAAUCUGAUGAUUCUGGGUCUAGCGAGAAUACCUCAAUGGAAGUUGGAACCUCUAGCAUAUCAAAUACAAGAUCUCGUAAGGGUAUUCAUCGAAAAGCAGGAUUUGGUAAACCAGAUACUUCAAUUGGAUCACCUGUUUCAUUGUUGUCUAAGAACACAAGCCAAGCAGCACGUGCUGGUGCAGGCAGGUAUGGUUUAGGAAACCUUAGAUGUAGUUCGAUAUCAGAUGCUGUGUCUACAGGAUCUUCAACUUCAGAUUCAAAGCUCACUAGACAAAAAGACACAAUUAGAAAGAGAAUUUGUGAGGGAGAAAGUAGUUCCUCUGCUAGAGGGAAAAAAAUAAGUGGGUCAUCACUGGAAGGAAGGAAUAUUAGUUCUAGCUCUGGUAUAUCAAUCUCUGAUUCAAGGAGAACUAGAAAUGGGACUUCCAGCCGGGAUAAUGGCCCGGCAUCAGUUAGGACUCCAAGGUCAUUUGGUUACACUAGGUCAAGGGCUGCUAAUCAAGGACGUGGGAAUAACUUGCCACCAAAUGAACCCCAUGUAAUCCCACAAAUGUCUCAACCUAUUAUGCCGAUUAAUUCAAAUUCUCCUAGUUCAUCGCAUCAAUUCUCCUUGGGAUCUCCCUUAAGUCGGUCGAGGGCUUAUGGCCUUCCUAGUAGUACCAAUGAGAGUUUACGGGGCAUUAGGCCAUCCAGUCCUGCGGAAGUUGGCAAUAUCCGGUCUGCAGUGAAUCGGGAGAGCUUCAGGCGCUACAAUAUGGAUGGAAUUGCUGAGGUGUUAUUAGCACUUGAGAGGAUUGAACAUGAUGAAGAGCUAUCAUAUGAGCAAUUGCUUGUUUUGGAGACUAGUAUGUUCCUUAAUGGGCUGAAUUUCUACGAUCAGCAUAGAGACAUGAGAUUGGAUAUUGAUAAUAUGUCAUACGAGGAGUUAUUAGCUCUAGAAGAAAGGAUGGGUAAUGUGAGCACAGCUCUAACAGAGGAAGCAUUGUCAGAAUGCCUCAAGACUAGCAUCUUUCAGUCGGCAUCUUUGGAGGAUGCAUCUUCAGACCUUUGUGGGGAAAAGGAUGACGUCAAAUGUAGCAUCUGCCAGGAAGAGUACACUGUUGGAGAUGAAAUGGGAAGAUUGCAGUGUGAACACAGGUAUCAUGUGGCUUGCGUACAACAAUGGUUGAGACUGAAGAACUGGUGCCCUAUUUGCAAGGCAUCUGCAGCACCCUCAACAACAUCACCACCUUUGUCACCCAAUCAAUGAAUUAGAGAUUGGAGACUGACUUUUCAUUUUGUACAAAAUUAAGUCUGCCUCCUACAUCCAUUUUCUAUUUUUCUUUUUUACUUUUCCAAGGAAAGAAAAAUCAUUUUUAUUUUAUGUAAAUAACCAAUUCUCUUUCAUGUCGAUAGUCUAAUAAACCUUAGGCGUCAUUGCCUUCACAGCAAGAACUCAUGUUCAUCUGUAAAACAAGAACUGUGAAUGAAAUUACUCAUAAAUUUGCUGCUGUU